CUGGAGAAUUGACAAUCUCUUAAGAGAUGCUCCAACGACUCGAGAUGAUUGUUGCAAAAUUUACAACUUGUAUCCACUUGUAUAUUCCUUUUUGCCAAUUCUUUUGAGGUAGGAAGGGGGUUAUUGAGAAUCCUCCAAAGGAAUAGUUUCGAUUCGACUCAUUAACGCCUCUAUCAAUUUAUAUAUAUAAAAAAGGGUGAGAAUAAUUACCUUACAAAUUUUAGGAGGGAGCAGAAUCAAUAAUAGCUUAUAUAAGGACUGUGUAUAUGCUUUACUGAAGUAUGACAAUACGAACCUAAAAAAAAAAAUGGUCAUGCGAAUCAAUUGUCGUGUUUAAAUAAGAAAAAGUUGCCACCACUGAGCCACUACAAGUAAGAAAAAAGCAUCCAACCAAUUAAUGAUACAAAUUAUCACACCAAAGUAAACAAUGGAAGAACAGAAUACUGAUCAGUUAGCAAUCCCCCAAAAUACUGAACAACCCAACUCUGCAAGAGAGUUGACAGUAGAUGAAGUGAUUGAAAACUAUGUGGGUUCAUUUGGAUUCUCUCAGAUGAUACAAACAUUUCUGGUAUCAUUAGCUUGGAUAUUUGAUGCCCAGAGUACUUUGGUCACCAUUUUCAGCGACGCCGAGCCCGAAAAAUGGAGAUGCAAACCAAAUUAUAUGUGCGGAGGACAGCAAAGUGGUAAGGGAAGUUUAGUUUGUGGGCUUCAACCUGGGAGUUGGGUGUGGGAGGAUGGGCAGAAAAGCACAAUAUUGUCAGAAUGGGGACUUAUUUGCCACCAUAAGUUUCUUGCUGCGCUCCCUGCUUCUUGCUUCUUCCUUGGCUCUCUUAUAGGAUCAGCAAUAUAUGGUCAUUUAGCUGAUUCAGUGUUAGGAAGAAAGAAGACCUUAAUUCUAGCAUGCAUAUUAACCUCCAUAACUGCUUUACUGACCUCCAUUGCACCAAAUAUUUGGGCUUACGCUACCUUUCGUUUUCUCAACGGCUUAACUCGAUCAGGAAUCGGAAUUUGCUGCUUAGUCCUUGCAACCGAAAUUGUAGGUCGUGAAAAACGAGGCCAAGUAGGCCAAUAUGGCUUUUUCUUCUUCUCUUCAGGAUUUCUUUCCCUUCCUUUAAUUUCUUUCUACACCAAAUCUUCUUGGAGAUCACUCCACAGAAUCCUAUCUCUUCAAGUUUUUCUUUAUUGCAUUAUUAUACUACCUUUUGUUGUCGAAUCACCUCGAUGGCUUUUAAUAAAAGGAAGGAAAACAGAAGCUCACUCUAUUUUAACGAAAUUAGCUACUCGGAAUGGGAAAAAGAUCCCGGAUCACGUCGAAUUGACGGACCCGAGUUUAUCAAAUGAGCAAAACAAACAAAUGAGAUUAUGGCAGUGUAAAUGGGCAAGGAUUAGAAUGUGGAAAGCAAUGAUAGGUGGUUUUGGAGUUGGAUUUGUGUAUUAUGGAGUUCAAUUAAAUGUUGAGAAUUUGAACUUUUCCAAGUAUUUGAGUGUUGUCAUCAAUGCGUUGUUGGAAAUUCCAUCGGUCUUUAUUGGAGGUUAUCUUCUUGGAUUUAUGAAGCGUCGGCUCUUGCUUUCACUUUCUUGCUUUAUAGCAGGGAGUUCUUGCUUUCUUUGCGUCGCCUUCACUAGAGGCAAAGGUGGAACAUUGUGGAAUUGGAUACAGUUGGGAAUUGAAGGAAUUGGAUUCAUGGCUGCUUCAGUGGCUUUCGAUAUUAUGUUUAUCUAUUGUGUUGAGUUGUUUCCUACAAAUGUGAGAAACUUUGCUGUUUCAUUAAUGCGUCAAGCGUUGGUUUUGGGGGGUGCAGUGGCACCUUUGUUAGUUGCUGCUGGGCGUUUAAGCCCAACAUUCUCAUUCUUAGUGAUUGGGACAUCAUCUAUUCUGAGUGGGUUGAUGAGUUUUUGGCUCCCAGAGACUAAGAAUGCUCCCCUUUUUGAAACUUUGGAGCAACAUGAAAAGGAAGAGAAAUUAGGUCAUCAUGGAAGUUCAUGUGAUGAACCUAAAUUAGAACUUGUGGAGAGUUAAAGGGUUGAGCAAGUAUACAAUAUGGAAAAAUUUUAAUUUAUCAAGAGGGCUUUUCUCUUAUAAGGUAAUCCCUUAGAAUAAAACAAGUGAUUUUCAUGUUACACAAAUCCUACUCCUCAAUUCCACGUCUUUUUUAUUUGCUUAACAUAAUUCACUAUUUUUGUAAAGGCAAUUAAGCAGCAUGUGUCAAAUUUCACUAGAUGAUACAAUAAUAUUCUAAACCGUCAAAAUAAUGCAUCAACUUUCAUAAAGGUCACCCAUUAUUUUCCAAAACAAUUCACCGUAUCAAGAAAAUUUCAUCGUCUGGCAAGUAUUUCCAACAUUAGCUUAUUUUGUAAGGUUGUAACAAGCAUUAAAGAAAACUAACUUUUUUUUUACCCAUGCAAACUGAACGAGAAGCUUUUUGUUUUAUAAAUUGAAUAUUUUCAGAAAUUUCUCCAAAAAUCAUGGUGGUAAAUAUUAACUUGUGAUUUAAAUUAUAUAAUUAUGUAUUGAGAUUAUUUUAGAAAUUACUUAUGACUUUUGUAUUCAAUGUCUGAUUUAGUUAAUGUCAUGCAAAAUCAUGUGACCCCCUUUGAAAAAAAGUUGAUUGAAUUAGUCUUUACUCUAUUUGCUGCUUCACUUCGAGUCUCUGAUAAAUUCAAAAUAUAUUUGUACCACUACUAAUACUCAACUAUACACCCGCUUAUGCUCCUACUAUUGGCAGUCCUGCUCAUCCUCUCUCUCUUGCCAUCUUGCACCACUGCUGCAUCAUAUUUCGCCAUCCACUGGCCACUUAGACAUA